ACCAGACAACACGGCUCGAUAACGGUGCGCCUGCCUGUGGACGGGUGAUGUUCGACACAUGCGAGAUACGCGUGUCAGCAUAAUACGGAACCAGCGUUAGCCGCAGCAGCGUUAUGCUAACAAAGUGACUUAGCUCGCCGGUGAAUCAGCAAAACGUCGCGUAAACUAACGGAAACAAGCGUCAACGUAACAGCUGCUUGCUCGGUAGCGGACUCUUAUACAUAGUGCGAUGAUUUAGAUUUUCACUGGUGAAUCUUGGAGCUUGAAUCCAGUAAUGACCACAAGCAACAACCGUUCAGUUCUUAAAGAUGUUGUUGCCUAUGUUGACGUGUGGUCGUCGGAUAAAACUGCAAAUUAUUCCAAACCAUUUGCUCAGCAGCUGCAGGAAAUGGGCGCUCAGGUAUCAAAAACAUUCACUAAACAAGUCACACAUGUAGUCUUCAACAACGGUCAUCAAGCCACAUGGAGGAAAGCUAAGAAAAGUGAUGUGAGACUAGUGUCUGUUCUCUGGGUUGGCAGAUGUUACGAUGACGGUGUGUGUGUGGACGAGGCGUUGUAUCCAGCCUUAAAUGACGAAAGCAAUCCCGUGUUGAAGAACAAGAAACAUCGCUGCAUGCAGCCAAAAGAUUCUGCAGAGAAGACACCAGAAAAUGACACACGCAUGAGGAAAAAAUUAGACAAGAUGAUGAAAGACUUUGCUCCGAAACAACUUCUGGUUGAAGAUGUGUCGCCCAUCAUCAUCGACGAAGAGAAUGGAAUAGUCUAUAGCCCUGCAUUGAAAAGAUCGGAUUAUAUGGCACAGCGUUUGAAGGACAUGAAAGAGAAGCGGGAAAACCUCUCACCUACUGUUUCACAACUUGUUGAAUCCAGCUCAACCACCGGACUGAAGCCUUCUAUCGGGAGCACACCCACUGUCCUCAAAUUAAUGUUUGACCAGUCGGAUGAUGAUUCCAGUGCUUCUGUUGCUGAACCUGGCUGCUCACCCGAUAAAGAAGAAGGGAGAACAAAAGUCGAUAUCACUGAUCAUGGACAUCCUGCAAAACGCAGCAGGAAAGGUUCUGAAGAGCCCUGCCGUGAUGUCCCAAAAAUAAUAUCAAGUCCUUUGAAAUGUCCUGAUGUGGAGGACAAAGAGGAAGAAGAAGGGAACAGACAUAAAAAGUCAAGAAGAGCCUCUGUCAGAAAAAAGCCAGCGGAGAAACACAAAUCUGUAGGUUUAUUGGAAAGUCCUUGUCAGGAUACGAGAUCUGACAACAGCAAGGACGUUUUUAAAGAUAAAAGACGGUCACAGAUCAAAUCAUCACAUAAAAAAACUGAAAGGGAAAAGCCCAAAAUUAAAUCUGAUGAAACCUUUUCAGAGGCUAAAACUGAUAUUUGUUCUAAUGAUGUGAAUCCUUCCAGUCGCCUCUUGUCAGCAGCCAUGUCACGUGAUGCUGAAUUUGAACCCUCAAAAGAACCUGCUGCUCCAUUACAGAAACUGGAAGAGAAAUUAUCCAAACGGGCCAGACGGUCGCUUUCUGCCUUGGUGCGAUCUUCCACUCAAUCUGCCAAAUCUCCCAGUGUUGCAUCAGGUUCCGCUGAUGGAGACGACAGUGUGUUUGAGGACUAUUUUUCCCCAGCUAACCACCACCAGAGAUCAAAAAAACCUCUCUCGUCUCAUUUGCCUGUGGAGACGGAAAUUCUGAUUCCUUUUGAGUUGGACCCCGUCCCAAAGAAGAGACAACAAAGAAGAAGUGAAAGCGCUGGACCUGAAACUAUCUACAAAAGGAAGAGGAAACUGGAAGAAAAUCACCAACAGCAAUCUGAUGCAAGGAGUCAUCAACAGCAGGAUGUUAAAGGAUCUCUUUCCAGUGCCGGUGUAGGACUUGCGGCUAAAAGGCGAAGACAGAGCACGUUGCCAUUUACGAGCACCAGUACAACUACGAGUGAUGCAGUGAAAAGAAGAAGAGCAUCUGUGCAAUUGACAGUGUUGACGGAGGAUAUCGCACCAUCGCAGCUGGAGAAAAGUCCUGAUGUCACUGUCCCUUCUCACACCUUGGAAAGCAGAGGAAAUGAAUUUACGGUUGCAGCUGGUUUGACAGAGAUCCCGUCUGAAGGCAAAGAAACUCAGAAUCUCCAGAAACUGCUCAACAAAACAAAGGCUAUGAGAACACUGGUCAUGACCAGCAUGCCCUCUGAGAAGCAGAACACGGUGGUUCAGGUGGUGAAAACACUGGGUGGUUUUCUUAUCGUUGACCGAGUUUGUGAGAGCACAACUCACGUGGUGUCUGGGGGUCGCCGGCGGACUCUCAAUAUUUUGUUGGGCAUAGCUCGGGGCUGCUGGAUCCUCUCAUUUGAAUGGAUUCUCUGGUGUUUGGAGCAGAGGCACUGGAUUCCAGAGGAACCUUAUGAACUUUCAGACGAAUUCCCAGCAGCACAGAUCUGUCGUCUCCAGAGGCACCUGUCUGCCGGGGAGCACCAGCAGGACCUGUUCCAAGGCCGGCCCGCCAUGUUCGUGUCCCAGCACUCCCAGCCGCCCACGCAGAGUCUGGUGGAGCUGAUCCAGCUGUGUGGAGGAACAGUCUCUAAAACUGUGCGGCAGGCGGGGAUAUGCAUCGGGAGGUACAGCGGCAGGAGGCCGGAGGGAAGCAGGAUCCUGUCUGAGCAGUGGGUGCUGGAUAGUGUCACACAUCUGAAGCAGCUCUCCUAUGAUGACUACGCUUUGGAGUGAAAGCUGUUAAAUAUGUUUUGUGACAGUGACAUUUUUCGUUUGAUACAUUUUAUGCCGGAGAGUGCCUGGUCUCAUCAGGCAUCUACCUUACUUCUGUAGGUUCGUCGUCUUGUUCUACAAAUCUGAAAUUCUCUCAGAUAUUCUAAUGUCGGAGACUAUUAGUCCCUGGUUACCAUGGUUACCUAUAACUUCUAAGGACUAUCAACCAUUCAACGUAUCAAUCACUACUGCGUAACUGUGUUUUUCACUGAGCCAUGAGAUUGAACCACAUUUAUUUUGGAUUAUUAUAACAGUGUGAUUUUAAAAAUACUUUCUGAGCCAGUUCGCUACCCUAAUGGGGAUAGAGAUAAAGAAUACUUCAUCCUUUAAAGAAUUUUCUUGUGCAUGUCUGUGUUAAUAAAAGGUUUUUUUUUACA